CGGGCACGGUCGGAGGUUCGUCCUCAGCCUCGGCGGGGAGCCGGGUGUGGAGGCGCGGGCCCCCCUUGGGUUCCCCCUUGGUGCCGGCUUCUUCUCCUGUUUAUCCCCUCUCCUGCAGAGGCCCCCAGCUGAGUGGAAAGUAGUUUCAAAGGGACGCCCGAGACUGGUUAUUUCCCUAAUCUAGGUUUCGUUAAGAAGUAGCUCAGGUGUCAUCUGACGCACAACAUCCCUAUGAAAUUUGGAGAAAACCUAUUUCUUUAACCAGUCUGUGCAAAUUCCCACACCGCUGAACUACAACAAAGAGGAAAAGACUUGAGAUUUUUUUACAAAAUCGCAGUGAAAACAGCAGUAUUGAUUAUCCUGCCAAAACUGAGGGAGAUGCGUCAAGAAAUAAACAGCUAAAUGAUUACACUGUCACAUUUGUAACAUCGUUUUUAUUCUUCCAUUUGUUCACCUCAUAAUAAGGGGGGUUAUUUCCAAGACAAGAAUUAGACACUGUGACUGAUGAGAGUUAAAGGCCAUGGAUGAAGAUGGGCUUGAAUUGCAGCCACAUGAGCCAAACGCAUUUUUUGAUCCAACAGGAGCUGAUGCAGCACAUAUGGAUGGAGAUCAGAUUGUUGUGGAAGUACAGGAGACAGUAUUUGUUUCAGAUGUAGUCGACUCGGAUAUAACCGUGCAUAAUUUUGUUCCUGAUGAUCCAGAUUCUGUAGUAAUCCAAGACGUCAUUGAGGAUGUUGUUAUCGAGGAUGUUCAGUGCCCAGAUAUUAUGGAGGAGCCAGAUGUAUCUGAAACUGUCAUUAUUCCUGAACAAGUGCUGGACACAGACGUAGCUGAAGAGGUUUCUUUGGCUCAUUGCACUGUCCCAGACGAUGUUUUAGCUUCCGACAUAACAGCAGAAGCAAUGUCUAUACCAGAACAUGUACUGACAAGUGAGUCAAUGCAUGUACCUGAAGUUGGACAUGUAGAACAUGUAGUUCAUGAUAAUGUUGAAGAAGCGGAUAUUGUCACUGAUAGUCUGGGAACAGAUGUUGUUUCUGAGGAAGUUUUGGUGGCAGACUGUGCAUCGGAGGCAGUGAUUGAUGCCAACGGAAUCCCUGUGGAACAUCAAGAUGAGAAGGGCAACUGUGAAGAUUACCUUAUGAUUUCCUUGGAUGAUGCUGGUAAGAUAGAACACGAAGGUUCUGCUGAAAUUACCAUGGAAGCAGAGUCAGAAAGUGGCUCUUGUAAAGUGGAUGGCAUAUGUCCAGAAGUCAUCAAGGUCUAUAUAUUCAAAGCAGAUCCUGGAGAAGAUGAUUUAGGGGGCACAGUAGACAUUGUGGAGAGCGAGCCAGAGAAUGACCACGCAGUUGGAUUACUUGAUCAAAAUAGCAGUAUUCGAAUUCCGAGGGAGAAAAUGGUUUACAUGACUGUAAAUGAUUCUCAGCAUGAAGAUGAAGACCUAAAUGUUGCAGAAAUAGCUGAUGAGGUUUAUAUGGAAGUGAUUGUAGGAGAGGAGGAUGCAGCAGUGGCCCACGAACAGCAAAUUGAUGACACUGAAAUUAAAACUUUCAUGCCUAUAGCUUGGGCAGCAGCUUAUGGUAAUAGUAAUGAUGGCAUUGAAAGUCGGAAUGGCACUGCAAGUGCUCUUUUGCACAUAGAUGAGUCCGCUGGACUUGGGAGACUGGCUAAGCAAAAACCAAAGAAAAAAAGGAGACCUGAGUCUAGGCAGUAUCAAACAGCAAUAAUUAUUGGCCCUGAUGGUCACCCGCUGACAGUCUACCCCUGCAUGAUUUGUGGCAAGAAAUUUAAAUCGAGAGGUUUCUUGAAAAGGCACAUGAAAAACCACCCAGAGCACCUUCUUACUAAGAAGAAAUACAGAUGCACAGACUGUGAUUACACUACGAAUAAAAAAAUAAGUUUACAUAACCACUUGGAGAGUCAUAAGCUGACCAACAAAACGGAGAAGCUUAUUGAGUGCGAUGAGUGUGGGAAGAGCUUCUCCCAUGCAGGAACUUUAUUUACUCACAAGAUGGUGCACAGGGACAAAGGAGUUAAUAAAAUGCACAAGUGCAAAUUCUGCGAUUAUGAGACAGCAGAACAAGGGUUGCUGAGUCACCACCUUUUAGCUGUCCACAGCAAGAACUUUCCUCACAUUUGCGUGGAGUGUGGCAAAGGAUUUCGCCACCCGUCGGAGCUCAAGAAGCACAUGCGGAUCCACACUGGUGAGAAGCCAUACCAGUGCCAAUAUUGUGAAUACCGGUCUGCCGACUCUUCUAACUUGAAAACUCACGUAAAGACUAAACACAGUAAGGAAACGCCGUUCAAGUGCGAUAUUUGUUUCCAGACUUUUUCAGAUACCAAAGAGCUACAGCAACAUACGCUUAUGCAUCAAGAAAGUAAAACACAUCAGUGUUUGCAUUGCGACCAUAAGAGCUCAAACUCGAGUGAUCUGAAACGACACAUCAUUUCAGUCCACACGAAAGACUAUCCUCACAAGUGUGAUAUGUGUGACAAAGGCUUUCAUAGGCCUUCAGAACUGAAAAAACACGUGGCGGCUCACAAGGGUAAAAAAUUGCACCAAUGCAGACAUUGUGACUUUAAGAUUGCAGAUCCGUUCAUUCUGAGUCGCCACAUACUCUCAGUUCACACAAAAGAUCUUCCAUUCAGGUGCAAGAGAUGUAGGAAGGGCUUUAGGCAACAAAACGAGCUGAAAAAACACAUGAAAACACACAGUGGUAGGAAAGUUUAUCAAUGUGAGUACUGUGAGUAUAGCACUACAGACGCCUCAGGCUUCAAACGGCAUGUUAUUUCCAUUCAUACAAAAGACUACCCUCACCGGUGUGAGUAUUGCAAGAAAGGUUUCCGAAGGCCUUCAGAGAAGAACCAGCACAUUAUGCGGCAUCAUAAAGAUGUUGGGCUGCCUUAAAGUCUCUUCCACAGACUUCCGGCUGGAAUUAUAAAGGAAUUUUUGCCUUUCAGGCAGUUUAGCUUAUUUUAAAGCCAAUCACCUGCGAUCACCCACACACAAAAAACGACAAAAAAAAACAUACUGUGCAUUUGAUUUGUUGCUGUAUAAAAAUAGGAUUAUUGCUUCUAGUUGACUUUUAUACCUUUUGUUCAAUAGCGUGUUCUGAAUUCUCUUCAGUUUGUUUAAUAAAUGAAGAAAAGAUGGCAACAAUAAAAGUUGCAUUUAAUAAAGUAAACCCCGUCUCUUACUGAAUUUUUCAACCUUAAUAGUUUAUUUAAGUCUAUUUAUCUUACUGACCUCGUUGAUACUCACAGUGUCCAUGUUAAUGCAGUUUUGUCAUGAAUUUUAAAAAGAUGAAUUGUCAGAGGUGUGUAUAAAAUGGGGAAUUGUGAUGUCAAAGUCACUAGGGUCCAACCCGAUUGUUCUGUUUCGACUAUACAGACUCUGUGGCAGGUUAACUGUUUUCCAUUUGAGGAGUUACACAUCUCACUUUACUGCAGAAAACCACCCUGCGUUUUAAUUCAGGUUUCCGAGAGAAAACUUUUUAAAAAAUGGUUUGGGGCAUUUGUUAUCUUUCUUUGGUGAAUUUAAAGCGUGCGCAAAUAUUACAUUUAUUGUUCUGUGCUUCUUUGUCUUUGAAAGGUUUUGUGUGUUACAAAUGAGUUGGAUUUCUUUCAAUUUACUGUUGUCUUAAUGUUGGAAAGGUAAAAUACCAUUGUUCCGUUUGCAGAGUUAAUAGAUCACAACUGUCUGUACGUGCCGGUAAACGUACCUCAAACAUAAUGUUUUUAUGUAUUCUGGUAUUUCUUUGAAAGAUCAGUUUGUGGUUCAAGUCACAUUUUUGUUGUGAGUUGGUUUAGAAUAAAAUUUAAGACCAA